CUAAUUUCAUGGUCAUCUGACAACCAUCUCGCUGGCCGUGACGACAGAAAUUUCUACACAACGACAAAAACGGAAUCUUUUGUGUACAAGCAAAACCAACAUAAAUAGUUAUCGGAUUUUGUCAUAUGAAAAGUUUCAUAAGGACAACACAUCUCACAGAAACAGUACCUUUAUCAAAUUAGUGGCUUAAGUGCUUGAAACCAAAAUGUCAACUCCAGCUAGAAGACGCCUGAUGAGAGAUUUCAAACGCUUGCAAGAGGACCCACCUACUGGAGUUUCCGGUGCUCCUACCGAUAAUAAUAUCAUGAUCUGGAAUGCUGUGAUAUUUGGACCCCAUGACACUCCAUUUGAAGACGGCACAUUCAAGCUUACAAUAGAAUUCACAGAGGAAUAUCCCAACAAACCUCCAACGGUUCGAUUUGUGUCUAAAAUGUUUCACCCCAAUGUAUAUGCUGACGGAGGCAUCUGCUUAGAUAUCCUGCAAAACAGGUGGAGCCCAACAUAUGAUGUGUCAGCUAUUUUAACCUCUAUACAGUCAUUACUAAGUGACCCUAACCCCAAUUCACCUGCAAACUCCAUGGCAGCACAGCUUUAUAAAGAAAACCGGCGGGAAUAUGAAAAACGGGUGAAAGCAUGUGUAGAACAAUCAUUCAUUGAUUAGCAGGGGUCAACCAGGAUCUCAGUUACAUGUGGUAUACACAAUACCUACUGCCGAUCACAACGGCCAAUACCUCCUUAUAAAUUUCAUUGGGACAACCAUGUAAAUUAUAAUUACAUACAUUAUCACAUGUCAAGUUAUUACUUCAAAAGUGUACC